AAGGACAGCGCAGGAGAGGUGGACAGCUGCCUGUCCUCUCUGACCCACCAGCUGUGACUCCUCCACCAGCUGUCCUCGCCGCACAAUGGGGAACAACCGGAUACUUGCAGGACCCCACAUUCUCCUGGGGCUCUUCCUCCUCCUCGGGGAGGCCUUAACAUCGACCACAGAACCGCAAUACCUGGUCCUGGUGCCUGUUGUUGUCCCCACGGAAACCUCCCAGAAGAUCUGUGUCCAGAUGAGUCACCUGACUGAGCCAGUAACGCUGAGCAUUACCAUGGAAUAUGGCUUGCAGAACAGGACCCUCCUAAGGGAAGAGGUCUCCAAGAAAGACCUCUUCCAGUGCACCCCAUUUCAGCUCCCCAAAUGGGAAAGGUCCUUUGGCUCCCACAUAGUGCUUGUCACAGUGGAGAUAACAGGGUCAACCCUGAAGUACCUGAAUCGGAAAAGACUGUAUGUCAAAAAUCAGGAGAGCCUUGUCUUUGUUCAGACUGACAAACCCAUCUACAAACCACAACAGGAAGUUCUAAUUCGUAUUGUCUCUCUGGAUAAAGAUUUCCUUCCUGUGAAUGAGAAGUUUCCUUUGGUCUACCUCGAGGACCCCAAGAGAAACCGGGUGUUCCAGUGGAGAGAUGUGCUACUGAAGGUGGGCCUUGGCCAGCUGAGAUUUCCUCUGGCUUCUGAGCCCGCCUUGGGCACCUACAAACUUGUGGCCCAGAAGGUUUCUGGAAGAAAGGUUGAACAUUCCUUUGUGGUGGAUGAAUACGUGUUGCCCAAGUUUGAUACGGAAGUAAAGGUCCCCAAAGUCAUAACGAUUCUGGACAAGGAGAUGACUGUAACCGCCUGUGGCAAGUACACCUAUGGGAAGCCCGUUCCUGGCCUGGUGAACAUCAGGGUCUGCCGGAGAUAUUCCUAUUACAGAAGCUCAUGUUACGGUACAGAGUCAGAAGCUGUCUGCGAAGAAUUCAGUGGAGAGGCUGAUAUACACGGGUGCUUCUCUCACCUGGUGGAUCUGAAGAUAUUCCAGAUGAAGAGGGAUGGAUUUCAGAUGGAGAUCCAUGCGGAGGGCACAAUCACCGAAGAAGGGACAGACAUUGCGCUGACCGGCAAAGCUACCACACAGAUAACUUCGACCAUCAGCAUCAUCACCUUUGAAAAUGUGGACGCUUUCUACAAGCCCGGGCUCCCCUUCUCUGGGGAGAUGAAGCUUGUGGAUGGCCUCAAGAGGCCGAUGGCCAACAAGACCAUUGAGCUUCAAAUAUCAGAAAUAAAGAACGUUUCCCACUACACCACUGACGGCGAGGGACGAGCCCACUUUUCCAUAGAGACUUCUAACUUCACGAAUGACGCCAUUCAUCUCACUGCAACUUAUCAAAAAGAAUCUCCAUGCUACGAUAGGAACUGGGUCUCCCCUAAUCAGCAAAAUGGCCAUUUCUCAGCGCCACGUUUCUAUUCUCCAAGUCAAAGCUACCUCAAAAUGGAAUUGCAUCCCGGGACGCUAAGCUGCGGACAACAUACAGUCAUCCCAGUCCAUUACAUUCUCAACCCAGAUGUCAUAAAGGACGAAGAAGUUGUCUUUCACUACUUAGUGGUGGCGAAAGGGAAGACUGUGAACACUGGUACUUACACCCUGAAAGUAAAGGAUCAUAAAGGAAUAUUUACCCUGGACCUCUCUGUGGAUGUCAUAACUGCUCCUUUGGCCCGCUUCCUUCUGUACUCAAUAUUGGAUAAUGGAGAACUUGUGGCAGACUCUGCAGAUUUUCCUGUUGACACCUGUUUCUUAAAUAAGGUGAAGCUGAGAUUUGCUGAACGGGAAGGCCUGCCCGGCAGCAACAUAAACCUCCAUCUUGCGGCUGCGGGCGACUCCCUCUGUGCUGUCCACGCAGUUGACGAGAGUGUCUUCCUCCUGAAGCCCGAAGCUGAGCUUUCUUCUAAAACGAUUUAUGAUUUGCUGCCUUUAAAAGACCUCAGAGGCUACUACUAUGAAAGUGAGAAUUUGGAAGACCCAGACACAGACCCCUGCGUGCCUCCCAAAAAGAUCAUUGUGGACGGCAUCCGCUACCAAACGGAUAUCUAUUCUUAUGGUGAAGGUGAUGCCUAUGCAGUUCUCAGGGACAUUGGUUUCAAAGUUUUUACUAGCACCAAGAUGCACAAGCCUAAUAUUUGCAGAGAAAUUCUGGAAUACAGCUCAAGGGUCUAUGAUAGUGGAAGUGGUAUGAGAACACCUGCAAUUGCUGAAAUGACCAGCAGUUCAGUUCCUGCCCUACAAGAAGUGGAAACAACCAUGAGGACCAUGUUCCCGGAAACCUGGAUAUGGAUGUUGAAGGAUCUUAGCGGUGAAGGAAGCAGAGAGACUGAGGUCACUGUGCCCGUCACCAUUCCGGACACCAUCACGGACUGGAGAGCAGGGGCCUUCUGCCUGUCCCCAGCGGUGGGCUUUGGCCUGGCCCCAACCACCUUCCUCAGGGCCCUCCAGCCGUUCUUCACUGAAGUCACUCUGCCAUACUGUGUAACGCGAGGAGAAACCUUUGUCAUGAAGGCCACCAUCUUCAACUAUCGGCAACACAGUCUCCAGGUCUCCAUAUCGCUGCUGCUUUCACCUGACUACGACGCGUCCCCUGUGGAAAAAGAAGAGGCUUCUUAUUGUCUGCCUGUGGAUGGGAGGAAGACAGUGUCAUGGAAGGUUAUUCCGAAAUCUCUAGGGGAAGUGAACUUCACCAUCACUGCAGAGGCCCUGAAAUCCAGCCAGCUCUGUGGGAAUGAAAUUGUGGAAGUGCCUACCAAAGGCCAAAGGGACAUCGUGGUCAAAACCCUCUUAGUUGAGCCUGAAGGAAUCGAGAAGGAAGUGGUCAUCAACAAUCUACUAUGUGGAGCCAAAGGCACCCAGUCCACAACUAUUUCCUUGAAGGUCCCAGAGAGGGUAGUGGAGAAAUCUGCAAGGGCUAACUUCUGCGUGUUGGGUGAUAUCUUAGGCUCCACCAUCCAGAACCUGCAUCAGCUUCUCCGGUUGCCUUUUGGCUGUGGGGAGCAAAACAUGGCCCUGUUUGCCCCCAAUAUUUACAUCCUGGACUAUCUGAACAAGACUGGGCAGCUGAACGAGGAAACUGCGUCAAAGGCGAUCGGAUACUUAGUGGCUGGCUACCAGAGGCAGUUGAACUACAAGCAUGCUGACGGUUCCUACAGUACCUUUGGCCAACAUAACAAUGAGCCUGGAAAUAACUGGCUGACGGCUUUUGUGUUGAAGUCCUUGUCGGCGGCGAAGAGCUACAUCCCUGUGGACGAAAAACACCUGAGUGAUGCUCGGAUCUUUUUGUCCUUAAAGCAGAAGGAAAAUGGCUGCUUCCAGAGCACCGGGGCACUCCUGAACAAUGCCCUAAAGGGUGGAGUUGACAAUGAGGCCACUCUCUCAGCCUACAUCGCCAUUGCUUUGAUGGAAUCCUCCUUGUCUGACACGUCUUCCGUACUGCGAAAUGCGUUGUUUUGCCUGGAGACGGCAUCUCAGCAGAAAGAGAACGAUGUUUACACCCAGGCCUUGUUGGCGUAUGCCUUUGCUCUGGCACAUAAAAAGGACAAGCUGGCAGAAAUGUUGCACAGCCUUCAAGAAAAGGCUGUGAAAGGAGAAGAUGGCUCCAUUCACUGGGAGAGGCCUGUGAAGCGAGAGGAGAAACCCCACCUUCCAUACUACCAGCCUCGCGCUCCCUCGGCAGAGGUGGAAAUGACCGGCUACGUGCUCCUUGCUUCCAUGAAGAAGUCUCCAGAAUCGUUCCGGGAAGAUCCGGCCAUACCCAAGAUGGUGAGAUGGCUGGCCAAGCAACAGAAUCCCAAUGGAGGAUUUUCUUCAACACAGGACACCGUGGUGGCCCUCCAGGCCCUCUCCUUGUAUGCGGCUGAGAUUUUCUCCAAGGACAAAGCAGGCGCCAUAGUGACCUUGAAGUCUGGUGGGAACGAUUUGAAGCAAUUCCAUGUAGACAACACCAACAGCCUUCUGCUUCAGUGCCAUGCCCUGCCCAGUGUGCCUGGGGAGUACACUGCCGACCUGACUGGGGAAAGUUGCAUCUACCUGCAGACCACCUUGCGGUACAAUGUGCACCCAGCCCCAGAGGAUGAACCAUUCUCAUUGAGCGUCAGCACAAUUCCCGAAACAUGCGUUGGACCCAAGACCCACAAAGAAUACGACAUUGCAAUAAACGUCAGUUACACUGGCAAGCGCCUGGUCUCCAACAUGGUGAUUAUUAACGUUAAGAUGAUCUCUGGAUUUGCACCAAAUAAGCUGUCUGUAAAAAAGCUGGAAAAGCAGGAUCUAAUUAAACGAACAGAUAUAGCUGCCAGUAGCGUUGUGCUGUAUUUGGAGAAGCUGACCAAUGUCACCCAGCAUCUCUCUUUCUCGGUGGAACGGAGCAUCAAUAUCCAGAAUCUGAAGCCUGCAUUUGUGGAGGUGUAUGACUAUUACGAAGAUGAAUCAGCGGUGGUUGAAUAUAGCGCCCCCUGCAGUACAGCUAAGCAUGGGAACGUGUGAAGAACAAAAUCCUCCUCCGCCAUCCCGAGUCAGUCCCACUGCUGCUUUCUUGCCUAUCCUGACGAGAAAGCACAGCCAGAAGACAGCGACCCAAAAACCCCGGGAAGAAAAUCUGGUGCACUUUGCCACUUAAGAACCCUCUGAGUGCCUUGUCUACAGCUUUAUGAGCCCUAAGGAAUGUGAGUCACACCACUGGCUUCACCUCCUCUCUUUUUGGGUCUGGAAAAAGAAACAUCUGGCAUUUGCUAUUGUCUCCUCUGGGGGUUGAAACGAACAAAUAAAUAAAUACAUUUUUGGAUUCCA